AUGUCGAUUUCCUCAACAUCAACAAGCGUCUUGCGACGCGCUGUGUCCAGCGGCAGACUGGCCAGUCCUAUCUCCCAAGCCAUCCGACCUGCACUGUUCAGCUCAUUCAGAACGGUGUCAAGCGCUUCUCGCCUACCCACGCUUACUGCUUCAGAGACCCAUCGCCGACCAACAAUCAGACCAAAUGAGCGAUCUCUGGCCCAGGCGAAUGCGCUCUCUCCGACUAGCAAGCGCACUAUCUUUAUCCAGACCGAGAACACACCCAACCCCGAUGCCUUGAAGUUCAUCCCGAACCACCGUGUCCUACCCGAAGAUUUCAGCACCCCCUUCCUUGAAUAUCUUUCUCCUCGAUCAACUAUCGCGCCACCCCAUCCCUCCCCACUGGCCGCGAAAUUGUUCGAUGUGGAAGGUGUGACAUCGAUUUUCUACGGCGCCGACUUCAUCACCGUGACCAAGGCUGCAGACGCGAAUUGGGCGCACAUCAAGCCCGAGAUCUUCAGCCUGAUCACGCAGGCCGUCACCUCAGGCGAGACCAUCGUCUCCGUUGUCGAAAACGCUCACGCCGAAGCCGGCCAGGAAGGAGAAGUGGACUCCCUCGCCUACAGCGAAGAUGACGACGAAGUGGUAGGUAUGAUCAAGGAGAUCCUCGAGACCCGCAUCCGCCCGGCUAUCCAGGAGGACGGCGGAGACAUCGAGUUCCGCGGUUUCGAGGACGGAAUCGUCAUGUUGAAACUACGCGGCGCUUGCCGAACUUGCGACUCGAGUACCGUCACGCUGAAGAAUGGAAUUGAGUCCAUGCUUAUGCACUACAUCGAGGAGGUUAAGGGGGUUGAGCAGGUUAUGGAUCAGGAGGAGACUAUUUCGAUGCAUGAGUUUGCUCGUUUUGAAGAGAAGUUGCGCCAGCAAAAGGGUGCUGCAGCGACUGCCUCGAGCCCUAUUGAUGCUGCGCCUUGA